AUGGCGGCCAACAUGUACCGGGUCGGAGAUUAUGUUUAUUUUGAGAACUCGUCCAGUAACCCUCUGCUGAUCAGGAGGAUAGAGGAGUUGAAUAAGACGGCCAAUGGGAACGUGGAGGCCAAAGUGGUGUGCUUUUACCGACGCAGGGACAUUUCCAGCACGCUCAUCGCCCUGGCAGACAAGCACGCCCGGGAGCUGGAGGAGGAGAUGGAGAAUCCCGAAAUGACCGACCUCCCUGAGAAGCAGAAACAUCAACUCAGACACAGGGAGCUCUUUUUGUCCCGGCAGCUGGAGUCACUCCCCGCCACGCACAUCAGGGGGAAAUGCUGUGUGACGCUGUUGAAUGAGACGGAAGCGCUGAAGUCCUACCUCGACAGAGAGGAUGCCUUCUUCUAUUCACUGGUGUACGACCCUCAGCAGAAGACCCUGCUGGCCGACAAAGGGGAGAUUCGGGUGGGCAACAAGUAUCAAGCCGACAUUACCGACCUACUGAAUGAAGGUGAGGAGGAUGCCAGGGAUCUGGAAAAACUGGAGGAAAAAAUCUGGGAGCCCAGUAGCUCGCUGACAGAGAAGCAGAUUGACCAGUUUUUGGUCGUAGCUCGGUCGGUGGGCACAUUCGCCCGAGCCCUGGACUGCAGCAGCUCCGUGCGUCAGCCCAGCCUUCACAUGAGUGCCGCCGCAGCUUCUAGAGACAUCACUUUAUUCCACGCCAUGGACACCCUCCACGGCACAGGCUAUGAUGUUAAGCGGGCCAUCGCGGCACUGGUGCCUCAGGGUGGUCCUGUGCUGUGCCGCGACGAGAUGGAAGAGUGGAGCGCCUCGGAGGCCAACCUGUUCGAGGAGGCGUUGGAGAAAUACGGCAAGGACUUCACAGACAUCCAACAGGAUUUUUUACCCUGGAAGUCCCUGACGAGCAUCAUCGAGUAUUACUACAUGUGGAAGACCACUGACAGAUAUGUGCAGCAGAAACGAUUAAAGGCAGCUGAAGCCGAAAGCAAGUUAAAGCAGGUGUACAUUCCCAACUACAACAAGCCAAACCCCAACCAGCUGAGCAGCAACAACCCAAAGCCGGUGGCCCUGGUCAAUGGGGCCAGCGGAGCCGUCGUACCUGGACAACCGGGACAGACUGUUCCAGGGCAGAACCCUCCUCUACUUGCACGAGCCUGUGAAAGCUGCUACAUCAACAGUUCCUACCAGUGGUACUCAUGGGGGCCUCCUAACAUGCAGUGUCGCCUCUGCGCCGCCUGCUGGACAUACUGGAAAAAGUACGGCGGACUGAAGAUGCCCACCCGGCUGGACGGAGAGCGGCCCGGACCCAACCGCAGCAGCAUGAGUCCCCAUGGCGUGCCUCUGCGACACAGCGGCAGCCCAAAGUUCGCUGUCAAGACACGACAGGCCUUCUACCUGCAGACCACCGCCCUGACGCGGGUGGCGCGCCGCCUCUGCCAGGACAUCAUCAAGCCCCGCCACCUGGGCCGCCACCCCUACCUCCCCGUCAACACGGCUGCUAUCAAGGCUGAAUGUGCGUUGAGGUUGCCAGAUAAAGACCCCGGGAAGCCUUCGCCGCUUAAACCCACAGAACGCAAACCUCUUGAGUCUGUGGUUCGAUAUCUAGAAGCACAUCCCCGUCCAGCCAAAGUGGAGGUGCCCACCCGGGGAGUGUCCAUCUCUACAGGUAGCCUGACGCCCAUCAAGUCCUCCCCCAUCCUCAACAAUGGCUCCCCCACCAUCUUAGGAAAGCGCAGCUAUGAACAGCACAAUGGACUUGAUGGCACGAAAUCCAAAGCUUUGACCCCACAGUGGGACAUCAUGGCCAAACGCAUGAGCGACGUCAGCCGGCCCUCGGCUGCCAUGCAUGACGAGGUGCACCAACUGGACUGA